AUGGACUUUACGCAACAAGUCGACGCCGUGUCCCGCGCCGUCUGCAAAGACGUCCUCACGCUCGCCAGCGGUCAGCCCUCGCGCACCAUCAGCCUGCGCCAGACCUUUUCCACGCCGCGUCCUCCCGACCGCGCCGCCCUAUGGGACGCUCUCACCAAGCCCGAGCGCCUCGCCACGUGGUUCGCGCCCGUCUCGGGCGACUUGCGCACCAACGGACGCUAUAGCAUCGCCGGCAACGCGAGCGGCACCGUCACCGAGUGCCACCCUCCCCACGGCUUUGCCCUGUCCUGGGAAGUUGGCGACACCAUUAGCGCCGUGCGUGUCAACCUCGAAUUAUCAUCAUCAUCAUCAUCACCCUCCUCCGAUGGCGAUGACGGCAAGACGGUGGUCGAGCUGCGACACACGUUCCCCGUCGACGCCCACUGGAAAAAGUACGGACCGGGCGCGGGAGGCGUCGGCUGGGACAUGGUGCUGCUCGGGCUGGCGAUGCAUUUCCGGGGCAUGGCCAAGCCCUCGGACGAGGAGUGGGCGGCGUCGGACGAGGCCGCCGUGUUUGCGCAGAGGGCGAGCGACAAGUGGCGAGAGGCGGCGGUGCAGGGCGGCGAGGACGAGGCGUGGGCAAAGGAGGCGGGCGACAGGACGACGGCGUUUUACGUCCCUGGAUGGGAGGCUGGGUCGUCAAAGGCCUAA